GAGGUCACAUCACAGGAGCCUCACAUGGCUCAAGUGUUAACGCUGCACAUGAAUGAAAGACAAGUCACGGAUGUGCAUGAAGCAGGUUAUGAAGAGUCUGGUGUGCCAGAGGCAGGCUAUGAAGGAACAGUGCAGCAAAUCACUAUUAAUACAGCCUUUACCACUGCAGAGUACAGCCUUGUAAAUGCAGAGAACAUUCAAGCACCAUUGUGCAGCAAUAAUGAUGCCCUUUCUAGAUCUUCACAAACACAACUAACCAACAGUGGAAAGGAUAGGAAUACCCUCCAGAUCCUGAACAAGCCACCACAGCCACAAGUCACUGAAAAUCAGGCUCAAGCUCCAGCAAAGAAGUUCUCUUGCAAAAUUUGCAAUUCUGCCUUCUGGGGCCGAGCAGAAAUGGAGACUCACAAAAAAGCGCACAUUGAAGGGCGCAGCGGGUUCAGAUGCCCAGACUGCGGUUUCACUGCAGACGACUGGUCUGAGGUCAGGGAUCACAUGUCUGUACACUCCGACCUCCGGCCUCACCGCUGCAAUCAGUGCAGUUUUGCCUCCAAAAAUAAGAAAGAUCUAAGCCGACAUGAAAUGACUCACACUAACCACAGGCCCCAUUCUUGUCAUGUGUGUGGACAGAGGUUUUCUAGAAAGGGUCACUUAAAAUUCCACAUACAGAGGCUGCACACGGGAGCCAGCUUGGAGCAGCCCGAAAAAGCAGAGCAUACAUCUACCUCGGUCGUAGAUGAAGAGCACAUUAUAUUCCUAACCCAGGAGGAAACCAUGAGCAGUCAGGAAGACACAGCUUAUAUUCAGGAAAUUACAACUGCCGAUGGACAGACUCUUCAGCAGUUGGUCACAGCAGACAGCCAGGUGCAGUAUAUUAUAUCACAGGAAGGUGUUCCUCAUCUGAUUCCCCAGGAGUAUGUUGUGCUCCCAGAAGGCCACCAUAUUCAG